AGCUUAAAUGAGGAUGAAGAGGAGGAAGUGGGGAGCUGAAAUGGACCAGUUCCUGAACAUUGCUGGAGGAGCGGCCAUCCCCAAGAAGCCAAAGACUUCAACCAAACAAGUGGAUGAGGGGAGGACCAGGAAAGAGGCAGUACUUGCGGCUUCAGCUGAGACGGAGGAGGAGGUGCCACAGCUGAAGAGGAAGGGCUGGGAGGAGAGGAGGGCGCUGCAGAAGAAGCAGAGGGUGGUGGAGGAGGAGACGGGGAAGGAGGUCCCUGUGUUCAUACCUCAGCCUUCUCCUGUUGAGCUGGACCCUGAGCUCAGACAGUUGGAGGAAGGGACUAAGGUACGAGCUCCUGGUAAGGGAAAGGGCCCUAUUCCCCCACUGGGGCCUCAAAGCAGCCUGUUCGAGGCGAAGAACAUAACGGGGGCCAGGUGGUUCAUCAACAACACCUUCCCUGAGGUGGACCAAAGCAACGCGCGGGAGGAAGCUCUGAGGUACGGUGGGGCGUCCGUGGUGAAGCAUGUUCUAGAGCGCAAGCUGGGUGAAUGGUCUAGCCCAGGAAUUGAGGGAGAGCCUGAAGGAUCGUGCAGUCUUGCAGAGGCAGCGGGACUAGUUGCAGAAGGAGAAGGAGGAGCGCAAGAAAUGAAACUGAUGACGAAGGCAUUCAAGGAGCUGAAGGGGAACAUGCGGAAGUUAGUACAUAAUGGGAUGAAGGAGCACAUCAGCAACUUCAUCAGUUCCAGCUCCUUUGAUAGCAUCGUCAACCUGUACCGGCUGCCCACUGCCAUCAUUUCUUUCAUAAACUGCAGAAAAAAGGUGAAGGCUGAAUAUCCCGAAGUGGAUGUGACGAAGAUCACCUUCGGCGAGCAAGAAGAAGGAGUGGAGGAGGAUGGCGAGAGCAUGUUAGCAGACUUCCGUUCUCAGAUUAAGCUGAGGUGGGAGAAUGAUGCAGACGGUCUUGCUGUUUUUCCUCCACAGUUCGACUUCGAGUCCGUUGCAGUGGAGGAAGAAGGGGCAGAGGUAGAGGAGGGCGAGAUGGAGGCAGGAGUGGAAGGAAUUGAAGUGGGUGAGGUCCAACCAGCUCUAGAAGUGGAGAUUCAUCCAGUUCCUUCUGACGAUGAGCAGCCUCCUCUGCCGGUGAGCAGCCUCCUCUGCCAGAUGAGCAGCAGCCAACUCAGCCACCUCCUCCAGCUAAGCAAGAGCCAGUGGAGCUAGUGGAGCCAGUGGAGCCAUCUCUCCCAUCAGGGAAAUAGUUUUGUUUUUUGAUUUUUUGUAAAGACUAUUAAAUAGUUUGUAAUAUUUAUGUUGAAUGAAAAUUCAUUUUUGAA